CCUGCGCUGUCCAGCAGCACCAUCACGCCGUCACUCCUCGUGCGUUUAAAAACUUCCAUAAACUCGAAAAGGAGUAAUAUUGCAAGCAAAUUUCGCAGACCAGCACUUACAUUGUGAAAUGUCCCUGACAUGCCAAGCAAGGAAAAGACGGAGUUAUAAUUAUUUCCAUCUGAAUGCUACGUUUUUGUACAAAAAGUUAGCCAAAUAAUCUCGUGUAGCCUGUGUUGGUUGUAAAUGUGGCACAUCGAUCCAAUUGCCUGGCAGUUAACUAAUUUUUGUCAAGGUGUAAAACAUUAACUUAAGAGUGUUAAACAAACUGAUAUUACAACACCGUUAGGAGGAAAUUUUUCACACUGGAGGGACGGACUUGGAGACGGCUUCAGGAAUCCAUUGCAUAUCGAGUGUCCAAAAUAAACUUCAGGAUUGAUUGAAGACAUGGGAAAAAUCAACGAAAAAAAUGUUGAUGAGGAGACCCAUCUGAAAAAACAUGUCUCGCCGAAAUUAUGUGGGACAAACUACCCAGUUAGCAUCGCCUUCGUUGUGGUCAAUGAGUUCUGCGAGAGAUUCUCUUACUAUGGCAUGAAAGCGUUGCUCACACUUUACUUCAUCAACUAUCUGCACUGGGACAAGAAUCUUUCCACAGCGGUGUAUCAUGCUUUCUCAAGCUUGUGCUACUUUACCCCACUUCUGGGUGCUUUGAUAGCAGACUCCUGGUUGGGAAAGUUCAGAACCAUCAUCUACCUGUCUAUAGUUUAUGUGAUUGGUCAUGUGGUGAAGUCCGUGGGUGCCAUUCCUGAUGUGGGAAACAGCACUGUUCAUAUAGUUCUGUCAAUGCUUGGCCUGAUCCUUAUAGCUUUUGGGACAGGAGGAAUUAAGCCAUGUGUCGCAGCUUUUGGUGGUGACCAGUUUGAUGAGGAACAUUUAGACGAGAGGAGAAAAUUCUUCUCAAUCUUUUACAUGUCCAUCAAUGCUGGAAGUGUCUUGUCAACCAUCAUCACACCAAUAUUAAGAGGUGACGUACAAUGUUUUGGAGGAGACUGCUAUGCCCUGGCCUUUGGAGUCCCUGCCAUUUUAAUGAUUAUUGCACUAGUGGUGUUUAUUGCUGGAAAUGGGCUAUAUAAGAAGAGUCCCCCUGAAGGAAACGUCCUCGUGCGUGUUUGCAAUUGUAUUGGGUUUGCUAUAAGCAACCGAUGGAGGAGGUCUAAGGACAGCCCGGAACGCAAACACUGGCUGGAUUGGGCAGAGGAGAAGUAUCCGAAGCGGCUCAUUCAGGAAAUUAAAAUGCUGUUUAGGGUGCUGGUCCUGUACAUUCCUUUACCCAUGUUUUGGGCUCUCUUUGACCAACAGGGUUCACGCUGGACUCUCCAAGCCACUCGGAUGAACAUGGAUUUUGGUGGAGGAUUCAUACUUAAGCCUGAUCAAAUGCAGAUGCUGAAUGCUUUGCUUAUCCUGGUGUUUAUUCCAAUCUUCGACAUGGGCAUAUAUCCACUGAUAGGGCUGUGUCGCAUCAAACUCACUCCUCUGAAGAAGAUGGCGACUGGCAUGAUUCUUGGUGCACUUGCUUUCGUUGCUGCAACUAUUGUAGAAAUCAACGUCAUUAAAACUGUCGUGGAGCCUCCUCCAGCCACAGAAAGCCUCGUGCAGGUUUUCAAUCUUAUGGAUACAGACGUCACUGUGCAAUUUCCAGGACAGAAUAUAUUUUCACAGCCAAUUAAAUCCUAUGAGGAUCCCAUGGGAUACACGAGUCUCCCACUUUCUGGCGAAUCGCAGCUCUACACAGUUAAUGUCAAUCACAAUGGGAUGCAGCACCAGUGCCAACUCGCCUUUACAGAAAAAAGCACUUACAGCCUCAUUUUGUACAACCAGACUGAUGGUGCUGCAUGCAAACUGGUGGAAGAUCACGUCACCAAAUCUGAAACCGGGGCUGCUUAUGUAAGAUUUAUUAAUACUCGAUCAGAGAGUAUCAACAUAACUGUGGGCACUGCUGAAUUUUACGCACCUGCUGAUUAUGGGAUUUCUCACAAUAUAAGUCUACAACGGGGAGAAUACAAAGGAGUUAAAUGUGUAUCAGGCGCCAAUCAGUAUUCCAUUGAUCUGGGACUUCUCGAUUUUGGUGCCUUCUACACCGUCAUACUCAAAGGAGACACACAUGAACUGACUUUCACAAAGAUGGAGGACAUCCAAGCCAACAACAUUCACAUUGCCUGGCAGAUUCCCCAGUAUGUUUUUAUCACCGCUGGAGAAGUGAUGUUCUCCAUUACUGGUCUGGAGUUCUCAUACUCACAGGCACCGGCAAGCAUGAAGUCAGUUCUCCAGGCCGGAUGGCUUAUGACCGUGGCAUUUGGAAAUGUCAUCGUAUUGAUUGUGGCAGAGGGGGCCGGCAUGGAACAGUGGGCGGAGUUUAUUCUUUUUGCUGGUCUUUUGGUGGGGGUCAGCAUCAUCUUCUCCAUCAUGGCCUAUUUCUACACCUAUGUGGAUCCCGAACAGCUAGACAAGCUCUUCGGUGACGGCAAAGAUUAUGAGAAUGUAGAUAGUUUUGAGAGAAAGAAAAAUGAGACUGUUAACAUGAACGACAUGCAAAAAACAAAGAUGUAGCAAGAAGCUACAUUGUGAACGAACAACUUCCAUUAAUUAAAUAAGCUGAUCAUUUAUAAUAAACUGUGUUAGCUGGACUACAGUUUCAGGGGCUUUAGGUGAUCUUCUGCUGAGCUCUAUGGCUCAAGGAUCAAAGUCCAGCUCUUUACUCUGCUGAACAAAUGCUGAUUUGAUCUGACUUUGUAUGUUGUCGUACGUUAAUGAAUCUCAGUUUUAAAAUGUUUGGAUAUUUUUUAGAAUGUGAAGAACUUUACAUAGAAAUGUAUUAAUUAUUUACACUAAAAUAAUGCCAUUUGCA